AUGAAAUUUGAGAAAGUUAUUUACUACAUUUCUAGGACGGUUGUUACACAUACUGAUGGAAACUAUUCCAACCGCUCAAACCGUGCUGAGCCGUCUGUUGUAAGGUCGUUGGUUUCUCCUGAUAAUGUGGUUGCUGAUGUGAAUGGUGUGGAAAAUGUAGUGGAGCCUCGUGUUAUGGUUGCUCCUCGUGUCCAUAACUUUAAAUAUGAGAGCUUUAAGAAGUGUGGUGCUAAGGAGUUUGACGGCACACUUGAUGUAGUGGGUGCCAUGGAAUGGCUUGCUGAUAUUGAAGUGGUUUUUGCUUCAGGCUACUGCCCUGAUAAUAUGAAGGUGUUAUGUGCUACUCGUGUGUUAACGAAAAAUGCUCGCAACUGGUGGAGAUCAGCUACUGUUUCAUUGACUCCCGAGGUACUUGCUGCUAUGCCUUGGGGUACAUUCAGGGAAAAGUUUUUGGAAGAAUAUGUGGGUACUCGUGAGUUGAGGUUGAUUGAGAAAGAAUUUAGAGCUUUGAUCGCUAAGCCUGGUGCCAUAGGUGAGUAUGCACGCUCAUUUACGGAAAAGCUCCAGUUUGUAGGUCGUAUGGUACCUAGAGAGAUAGAUCAGAUUGAAUCUUACUGUGAUGGUCUUCCUGCUAGUUAUCGUGGUCUCUGUAGGCAACAUACUACAUUGUCUGUUGUGAUUAAAGAGUCUAAGAGGUUAGAUGAUGACUUCAAAACUGAAAAAGGGGUUACUAAAGAUGAUGAUAAGAAAUCUGGUUUCAAGAGAAGGUUCAAUGGGUCUUCGAAUUCUAAUAAGAGGUUCAAAGGUGGUUCAACUUCAAAUGGGGAUAAGGAUAAGAAGAAGAGUAGCACAUGGUGUUCGGCAUGCAAGUCAUAUCAUGAUGGGUCAUGUUCCGACAAGACCAAGAGAUGUGAUAAGUGUGGUAACACAGGUCAUGCCACAACUAUUUGUAAAGACAAGACUCGUUGCUAUAAGUGUAAAGAAACAGGUCAUUUGAUUGUUGAUUGUCCUCAGAUGAACAAUGAUGGUAAGAAUGCAACUGAUCCAAAACCAAAAGUUCAUGCUCUUCAGAUGACAGUUGAGGCUGCUAAGGACAACGAUGAGGUAGUAAGCGGUACUUUUCUUGUUAAUUCAAAACUUGCUUUUGUCCUUUUUGAUUUGGGUGCAAAUAGGUCUUUUGUGUCUACAUUGUUUGCUCCUAAGCUUGAAAGAGUUAUUACUCCCCUUGAUUGUUCUAUAGAAGUAGAGAUUGCUAACGGUACUAUUAGUAAUAUUUGUGAGGGUUAUGAUAAUUGUUCUAUUGAGAUUGAAGGUCGUUCUUUUCCGGUUCAUUUAUUGCCUACUACUCUUGCUGGCUUUGAUAUAAUGAUAGGCAUGGACUGGUUGUUUCAAAAUGAUGCUACCAUUAUAUGUUCUCAAAAGAUCGUGCGUUUCCCUACUCCGGAGGGUAAAGUCUUUUCUGUUUAUGGAGAUAAGAAGAAAGGGAGUAUAAAUAUCAUUAAUUUGAUGAAGGCUCUCAACUGCAUUCGGCAUAAUAAGAAUCACUUUCUUGCUUAUGUUAUUGAUACACGAAAGGAGAAGUCUUCUAUCUCUAAUGUUGAUGUGGUUUUUGAAUUUUCUGAUGUCUUUCCGGAUGAUCUUUUCGGUAUUCCUCCUGACCGUGAGGUCACUUUUCAUAUUGAUCUUGUACCCGGUGCUACUCCUGUUGCAAAAGCACCAUAUCGUUUAGCCCCUACAGAAAUGAAAGAGUUAAUGUCUCAGCUUCAAGAGCUACUUGACAAAGGUUUCAUACAACCAAGUUCCUCGCCUUGGGGAGCUCCGUUUCUCUUUGUCAAAAAGAAAGAUGGUUCUAUGCGCAUUUGCAUAGACUACCGUGAGCUGAAUAAGCGAACGGUGAAGAAUAAGUAUCCUCUCCAGCGCAUUGAUGAUCUCUUUGAUGAGCUCCAUGGUGCUUCUUAUUUCUCUAAGAUUGAUUUACGGUCCGGUUAUCAUCAAUUAAAGGUCAAAAAGGAAGAUGUAGCCAAAACAACUUUUCGUACACGUUAUGGGCACUAUGAGUUUCUUGUCAUGCCAUUUGGGUUGACAAAUGCUCCAGCCGGUUUUAUGGAUUUAAUGAAUCGGUCUAAAGAAGAGCACCGUGAGCACUUAAGAGUCGUUCUUAAGGCUCUAAGGGAAAAGAAGCUUUACGCAAAGUACUCCAAGUGUAUUAAAGUUGAUCCCACGAAGAUUGAAGCUAUCUCUAAAUGGGAACAACCAAAGACACCUACGGAGAUCAAGAGUUUUCUUGGUUUAGCGGGCUAUUAUAGGAGGUUCAUUCAAGAUUUCUCUCGUAUAGCCAAGCCUAUGACCGAAUUGACAAAGAAAGGGGUGAAGUUUGUAUGGACUGAUGCUCAAGAAAAGGCUUUUCAAACGCUAAAGACCAAGUUAUGUGAAGCCCCAAUCCUUGCCUUACCCGAAGGUACCGAUGAUCUUAUUGUUUAUAGUGACACUUCUAUUUCAGGUUUAGGUUAUGUUCUUAUGCAAAGAGACAAGGUUAUUGCCUAUGCUUCACGUCAGUUGAAGCCUCAUGAAAAGAACUACCCGACCCAUGAUCUAGAGUUGGCUGUUGUGGUAUUUGCUUUAAAGUUGUGGAGGCAUUAUUUAUAUGGCACAAAGUGUACCUUGUACACUGAUCAUAAAAGUUUUCAAUAUGUGUUCUCACAAAAGGAAAUGAAUGUAAGACAAAGGAGAUGGAAGGAACUUCUGAAGGAUUAUGAUUGUGAAAUUAAGUAUCAUCCCGGUAAAGCUAAUGUGGUGACAGAUGCAUUGAGUAGAAAGGUGCAGAAUUUCUCUUGUAGAUUGAUGAGUAUGGUUGUACAAGCUAAGUCGGGGUUACUUGAUCGCAUCAAGGAAGAUCAAGUGAAGGCUUUGAUGAAGGAUAAUAUUGACAAGGAAAAUAUUGGAAAGAAGAAACGUCUUGCCAUGGAAACGAAGAGCCGUGGUUUCUGGACAUAUAAGGGUCGAAUUUAG